CUAGCCGACUCCAUGAGGCUUUACUCUGGUGCCUAGAGUCUGGAGCCUGUAGUACAGCAGUAGCAACCGCAACCAAGCCAAGCUACUCACUACUACUCUCCACUGUAUCUCUACUAUCCUCAAACUCGACAAGCCACACUGUGUGUGAGCUCAUCUCUAGACACCAGAGUGUGUGCUCUUGUGAGAGUGUGUGCGUGCCAGCGGAAGUCCGUGUGUGGCUCUGUGUGCAUUGCCUCGUCCGAGGCAGUAGUACUCGUCACACCGUACCUUUCUUGGAUCUGAAGCUCAGAAGAAGCUAGGCUUCUCUCAUCAGGUUACAAGGUGUUUAAGUUCACCUGAGGUAAGAAACUGAAAGAUCUAGACAGCAGCAGCUGCUGCUGCUAGCAGCUAUAGCACCAUCACUUCACUAGCACAACUGAAGGUCUUCGAUCGAAAGGCCAGGCCAAGGAGGAGGCUGUGUGGUGCUCUCCGGAGCAACACGAUUAAACGGCUGCAAACUCCUCCGACAGCCAAAACUGAUCGGGAGAUCGAUCGGCCGCGCUCUAGCUAGCCCCCACGUGCAGCCAUGGCGCCGCCGAGCUCGUGGUGGGGCAGCGAUCAGGAGCAGCACGGCACGCCGGUGGUGGUGAAGAUGGACAACCCUUACUCCCUUGUGGAGAUCGACGGUCCCGGCAUGCCGCCCUCCGACAAGGCCCGGGGCAAGAACGCGAAGCAGUUCACGUGGGUGCUGCUCCUGCGCGCGCACCGCGCCGUGGGUUGCGUGGCGUGGCUGGCCGGCGGGUUCUGGGGCGUCCUGGGCGCCGUGAACCGCCGCGUUCGCCGGAGCCGCGACGCCGACGAGGAGCCGGACGCCGAGGCCUCGGGCCGUGGCCGGGUCAUGCUGCGGUUCCUGCGCGCCUUCCUGCUGCUCUCCCUGGCGAUGCUGGCCCUGGAGACGGUGGCGCACCUCAAGGGGUGGCAGUUCCCGCAGCACCUGCCGGGGAACCUGCAGGAGCUGGAGGAGCAGCUGCAGCACCUCCCCGAGCACCUGCGCCACCUCCCCGAGAACCUCCGGCAGCUUCCCGACCACCUCCGCGUGCCGGAGCGGCAGGAGAUCCAGGGCUGGCUGCACCGCGCGUACGUGGCCUGGCUGGAGUUCCGCGUCGACUACAUCGCCUGGGCCAUCCAGAAGCUGUCCUGCUUCUGCAUCCUGCUCUUCAUGGUCCAGUCCGUGGACCGCAUCGUGCAGUGCCUCGCCUGCUUCUGGAUCAAGAUCCGCGGCAUCAAGCCUCGUAUCCCGCCGCCGGCGUCCGCCGGCAAGAAGAAGAAGCCUCGUCGGAAGAGCGCGGAUGUCGAGAACGGUGAAGCCGACGACGACGCCGACGGCUACUUCCCCAUGGUGCUCAUCCAGAUGCCCAUGUGCAACGAGAAAGAGGUGUACGAGACAUCGAUCUCGCACGUGUGCCAGAUGGACUGGCCGCGGGACCGGCUGCUGAUCCAGGUGCUGGACGACUCGGACGACGAGGUGUGCCAGAUGCUGAUCAGGGCGGAGGUGACCAAGUGGAGCCAGCGCGGCGUCAACAUCAUCUACCGCCACCGCCUGUCGCGCACCGGCUACAAGGCCGGCAACCUCAAGUCCGCCAUGGCCUGCGACUACGUCAAGGACUACGAGUUCGUCGCCAUCUUCGACGCAGACUUCCAGCCCAACCCGGACUUCCUCAAGCUCACCGUGCCACACUUCAAGGAGGACCCGGAGCUUGGUCUGGUCCAGGCUCGUUGGAGCUUCGUGAACAAGGACGAGAACCUGCUGACCCGGCUGCAGAACAUCAACCUGUGCUUCCACUUCGAGGUCGAGCAGCAGGUCAAUGGCGUCUACCUCAACUUCUUUGGCUUCAACGGCACGGCCGGCGUGUGGCGCAUCAAGGCCCUCGAGGACUCCGGCGGCUGGAUGGAGCGCACCACCGUCGAGGACAUGGACAUCGCCGUCCGCGCACACCUCAACGGCUGGAAGUUCAUCUUCCUCAACGACGUCAAGGUCCUCUGCGAGCUGCCGGAGUCUUACCAGGCUUACAGGAAGCAGCAGCACAGGUGGCACUCCGGCCCCAUGCAGCUCUUCCGCCUCUGCAUCCCGGCCAUCAUCAGGUCCAAGAUCCCGUUCUGGAAGAAGGCGAACCUGGUGAUGCUCUUCUUCCUGCUGCGCAAGCUGGUGCUGCCCUUCUACUCCUUCACGCUCUUCUGCGUGAUCCUGCCGCUCACCAUGUUCGUGCCGGAGGCGGAGCUGCCCAUCUGGGUCAUCUGCUACAUCCCGGUUCUCAUGUCGCUCCUCAACAUCAUGCCGGCGCCCAAGUCGUUCCCGUUCAUCAUCCCCUACCUCCUCUUCGAGAACACCAUGUCCGUCACCAAGUUCAACGCCAUGGUGUCCGGGCUGUUCCAGCUGGGGAGCUCCUACGAGUGGAUCGUCACCAAGAAGGCCGGCCGCACCUCGUCCGCCAACGACAUCCUCGCGAUGGCCGAGGCCGACGCCCACGCGCCGCUGCCGGCCAAGCUCGCGCGCCGCGUCUCCGAGGGCGGCCUCGAGGAGUGGAGCAGGCUCAGGGAACAGGAGGCCGCCGAGUGGGCCAACAAGGAGGACGCCGCCGCGUCUCUGGCUGCCGCCGCCGCCGCCGCGCCGGCCACGCCCAAGAAGAGCAGCAAGGCCAAGAAGCCCAACCGGAUCUUCAAGAAGGAGCUCGCGCUCGCGUGCCUCCUCCUCACGGCCGCCACGCGGAGCCUGCUCUCCAAGCAGGGGCUGCACUUCUACUUCCUGCUCUUCCAGGGCGUCACCUUCCUCGCCGUCGGCCUCGACCUCAUCGGCGAGCAGGUCAGCUAGCCGCCGCCGCCACAAGAAUAAAAACUUAAUUAGCGGCAGGCUCGCCAUGAACACGGGCCACAUGCACAGGCAGCCUCACAUGCACGCGUGCAGGUGUAACCAUCACCAUGGAAGGCGCAACUUCGAUGGAUGGAACGGAUUAAUUUUUAGACUUUCCUCUCUUAAUUUUAUUUAUCCUUAUGAUAUUUUUUUGUUCGGAGAUCAAAGAGUCUGUGUGGUGAACUCUACUCUUCUGUGCUCUAGCUAGUGCUUCUUUGUUGCUAGCUACUAGGGGAGGCAAGACGGUUGUUCAUUACAUUCAUAUAUCAGUACUACUCUAUGUAUUCAGUAGCCUCUUGUUUUCUUUCAACAUUACAUUAUGAUCGAUAUGGUGUAACAGAUACUUGUCAAUGGAUAAAUCAAUCUUGUAUGCUUCCAAA